AUGUCGUCCGAAAAGACCAACUCCGACCUCAAAGUCAACGACAUCGAGAAGCAUGAAAAUGCCUCGGUUCCCCUGGAUGCCCACUAUGAUCCAGGAUUCGUCAAGAAGACCAUUCGAAUGGUAGACUGGCGCAUGUUGCCCCUGCUCGGGCUUCUAUACGCCGUUGCCCUUAUUGACCGAACGAACCUUGGUAUUGCACGGACGGCGGGAAUGCAGGAGGACCUCCGGCUCGACAUCGGCGAGAGAUACAGUAUCGCGUCGAUGAUCUAUUUCGUCCCCUAUAUUCUUUUCCAAAUCCCAGCCAACCUUAUCCUUCGUAAACUUGGUGCUCGCUUGUUCCUUACCAUCUGUGUAGUGGGAUGGGGUGCUGCCCAAACUGGCAUGGGCUUCGUUCCCAACUGGGGCCUCCUUUGCGUCUGCCGUGUUCUUCUUGGCAUCUUCGAGUCUGGUUUCUUCCCCGCCCUCGUCUUCAUCAUCACGACUUGGUACAAGCGCCAUGAAGUCCAGAAGCGCCUUGCCGUCUUCUACCUGUCUUCGAUUGUUCUUGGCGGCUUCAGCUCUAUUCUUGCCUAUGGCAUCACCUUCAUGAAGGGCCUUGGUGGCAUCAACGGAUGGGCAUGGAUUUUCAUCAUGGAAGGUCUCUUCACCAUCCUUUUGGGUAUCCUCGCCUGGUUGUUCGUCCCCGACUUCCCCGAUAAGUCCACUUUCCUUACCGAAGACCAACGCAAGAUGAUCCUCGACCGAAUUGAAGCUGACCGCGCGGACUCCAUGCCCGACCCAAUGACCUGGCCCAAGUUCUGGCGCGCCCUCUUCGACCCCUUCACCUGGUCCUUCGGCAUGAUGUUCCUCGCCUCAACCAUGCCCGCCUACGCCGUCGGUUUCUUCGCCACCAUCAUCAUCCACGGCAUGGGCUACUCCACAGCCAUGGCGCUCGUCCUGACCGCCUUCCCCUUCGUCGCUGCCGCCAUCUCCUGCUUCGUCUUCGCCUACAUCGCCGACAGGACCCGCAUGCGUGCACCAUGGCUCGCUGCCCAGAACUUGAUCUGUAUGACCGGUCUCCUCUGCACUGGGUACGCCAGCCAACCCGGUGUCCGCUACUUCGGCCUCUUCUUGACCAACAUGGGCGCUUCCGGUUGUGUUCCCGGUGUUCUCGCCUACCACUCAAACAACAUCACCUCCCACUCCAAGCGAGCUGUGUCCACAGCCGUCAUCAUCGCUAUGGGUGGUGUCGGUGGUAUCUUCGCCACCAUGAUCUACCGCCAAGUCGACUACCCCAGAUACAUCCCCGGUAUCUGGGCAACCAUGGCCUGCCAAUUCACCAUGCUCCUCCUCCUCGGCAUCAACUCCUUCGUCUUCCACCGACGUAACAUGGCUUACCGGGAAGGCAAGUGCGAGCCUUUGGAGGGCACCCCUGGAUUCUACUAUACCAUUUAA